AUGGCAAGAGAUCAGUUCUAUGGUCAUAACCAUCAUCAACAAGAACAGCAUCAAAUGAUUAAUCAGAUCCAAGGGUUUGAUGAGACAAACCAAAACUCCAACGAUCAUCAUCAACAACAUCAUUAUAAUCAUCAGAUCUUUGGCUCAAACUCCAACAUGGGGAUGAUGAUAGACUUCUCCAAGCAACAUCAGAUUAGGAUGACAAGUGGGAUGGAUCAUCAUCAUCAUCAUCAAACAAGUGGUACUACUGAUCAGAAUCAGCUUCUAGAAGAUUCUUCAUCCUCCAUGAGACUAUGCAAUGAUAAUAAUAAUUACCAGAGUGAAGUAAAUGAUGAGAGAGCACCACCAAGACCAAGCCAAGGUCUCUCGCUUUCUCUCUCCUCCUCAAAUCCUACAAGCAUCAGUCUUCAAUCCUUCGAUCUCAGACCCCAACAACAACAACAACAAGGGUACUCCGGUAAAUCAACACAUCAUCAGAACCUCCAACACAGCCAGAUGAUGAUGAUGAUGAUGAAUAGUCACCACCAAAACAAUAACAACCAUAUUCAGAAUCAGAAUCAUCAUCAUCAGUUUCAGAUUGGGAGUUCCAAGUAUUUGAGUCCAGCUCAAGAGCUACUGAGAGAGUUUUGCAGUCUUGGAGUAAAAGAAAGCGAUGAUGAAGUGAUGAUGAUGAAGCAUACGAGGAAGCAGAAAGGCAAACAACAAGAAGAGUGGGACACAAGUAAUAACAACAACAACGAUCAACAUCAUGAUCAGUCUGCAACUACUUCUUCAAAGAAACAUUUUCCACCACUUCACUCUCUUGAGUUCAUGGAACUUCAGAAAAGAAAAGCCAAAUUACUCUCCAUGCUUGAAGAGCUUAGAAGAAGAUAUGGACAUUACCGAGAGCAAAUGAGAAUUGCGGCGACAGCGUUUGAGGCGGCGGUUGGACUGGGAGCGGCUGAGAUGUACACUGCGUUAGCGUCGAGGGCAAUGUCUAGGCAUUUCCGGUGUUUGAAAGACGGACUUGUAGGACAGAUUCAAGCAACGAGUCAAGCUUUGGGAGAACGAGAAGAGGAUAAUCGUGCGGUCUCAAUUGCCGCACGUGGUGAGACUCCACGGUUAAGAUUGCUCGAUCAAGCAUUGCGGCAACAGAAAUCGUACCGCCAAAUGAGUCUCGUGGAGGCUCAUCCUUGGCGUCCACAACGCGGUUUGCCUGAACGCGCGGUCACGACGUUGAGAGCUUGGCUCUUUGAACACUUUCUUCACCCAUAUCCAAGCGAUGUUGAUAAACAUAUAUUGGCCCGACAAACUGGUUUAUCAAGAAGUCAGGUAUCGAACUGGUUCAUCAAUGCAAGAGUUAGGCUAUGGAAACCAAUGAUUGAAGAAAUGUAUUGUGAAGAAACAAGAGGAGAACAAAUGGAGAUUACAAACCCAAUGUUCAUCGAGACUAAACCGGACCCGAGCCAGAUAAUUCGUGUCGAACCGGAAUCUUUGUCUUCCAUAGUCACAAAAACCGGCAUCAAAGACAACUCGAACCAGGGAACGGCGUCGUUCGGGUCAACGUUUGACUUUUCACUAUACGGUAACCAAGCUGUGACAUACGCCGGUGAAGGAGGGACAAGAGACGUGUCGUUGACGCUUGGGUUACAGAACGGCGGUGUGAGUUUAGCUUUAUCUCCAGUGACGGCUCAAGGGGGCCCACUUUACUACGGUAGGGACCACAUGGAAGGAUCGGUGAUGUUGGACGGUGAUCAAGCUCAGAAUUUGCCUUACAGGAAUUUGAUGGGAGCUCAAUUACUUCACGAUAUGGUUUGA